GCUCCACUUAUUUAAUUUCCCUUUUACCAACACAGAUUGCAGCAUGCGGAUAUUGAUCGAAUACACGUCAGGAACCAGGGGAAUCCAUCUAUGAAUGUAUGGACAUUUGAAUUGUACAGCCCUGAGACGGAGUACACUCAGACCUCACCUCUAUAUUAGAGGACCCUCUUCUAAUCCAGGGGUCUAUUGAAGGGAAUCUGUGCAUAAAAUAUUGGUUCUGAGGACAUCAUGCAGGGAGACCCGCCACCAAUGAGGGUCUCUGACAAUGAGGGCAAGUUGAAUGUGGUUCCCAGUCCCCCCAGCCAUCGGGCGACUGGCAGGAGUGCAGGUUCCAAGGCUUGGCAAUACAGUGACCACAUGGAAAAUAUCUAUGGGUACCUGAUGAAGUACACCAACUUAGUCACUGGCUGGCAGUACCGAUUUUUCGUUUUGAAUAAUGAAGCGGGACUGCUGGAAUAUUUUGUUAAUGAGCAGUCGAGGAAUCAGAAGCCGCGGGGUACAGUUCAGCUAGCAGGAGCAGUGAUUUCCCCCAGUGAUGAAGAUUCUCAUACGUUCACUGUGAAUGCUGCCAGCGGGGAGCUAUACAAGCUCAGAGCCUCGGAUGCCAAAGAGCGGCAGCAUUGGGUGAGCCGGCUUCAGAUUUGCACACAGCACCAUACCGAGGCUAUUGGGAAGAAUAAUCCUCCUCUGAAGUCACGUAGUUUCUCUCUGGCAUCUCAAGGCAGCGGAAACUCUCCGAACUCACAGCGCCGGCCCAGCCAAAACGCAGCUUCCUUUUUCAACCUUGGCCAUCACAGAGCGUCUCACAUUAACAGACGUGCCCAGGCCCUCCCGCAGGACCACCUGGGAGAUGUCCGAGAGAUGAUGACGCGGGCCGAGAGUCAGCAGAGAGAGUUGAUGCGCAGUAUUGAGGGCCUCCCUUCCUCUGGUCAACUAAGCGCCCUAGACCAGGAUCUCCUGAUGCUUAAAGCCACGUCCAUGGCUACAAUGAACUGUCUGAAUGAUUGCUUCCACAUGCUACACCAACAGCACGCUGCAUUCAGCAAGCAUAUCCUGCCUCCAGGAACCAUUAACUGGCUGGAACCGAGGAUCACGCUGUCCAACCACCUAAAGAAUGGAGAUGACACGGGUUUCUACGCCGAGACCGACAAGGAGCAGGACUUGCUGACUGAAGUGCCCAGCGUGUCCCAAAGCAUCCAGAUGACCAGGGAACCAGAGGACAUAGACCCAGACGAUGAGCUGGAGGAUGACAGUGAGCUAACCGAGGAUGACCUUGGCGCAGUAGAGGAGCAACGAAGCGUCAUCUUACACCUCUUAUCCCAGCUCAAGCUGGGUAUGGACCUUACAAGGGUUGUCCUCCCUACAUUCAUCUUGGAGAAGCGCUCCUUAUUGGAAAUGUAUGCAGACUUUCUGUCUCACCCUGACCUCUUCCUGUCCAUCAGCACCGGUCAAACUGCCGAGGAGCGCAUGGUGAGAUUUGUUGAGUAUUACCUCACCUCGUUUCACGAGGGCCGCAAGGGUGCUCUGGCCAAGAAGCCGUAUAAUCCCAUUAUUGGAGAAACCUUUCACUGUUCGUGGCAAGUCCCAAAAGACACUCUCUGCACCCCAAAACCUGCAGAUCAUCCACCUAAUGCACAUGAUGAAGUAACAGAGGCAAAUGAGAAGGACUUUUAUACAGUCAGAUUUGUGGCUGAACAGGUAUCUCACCACCCUCCUGUCUCAGGAUUCUAUGCCGAGUGCCCAGAACGCAAAAUGUGCGUCAAUACCCACGUGUGGACGAAAAGCAAGUUCAUGGGCAUGUCGAUUGGAGUUACCAUGAUUGGAGAAGGUGUGUUGCAUCUCUUGGAGCACAGUGAAGAAUAUACUUUUACCUUGCCUUGUGCGUAUGCUCGUUCGAUUCUUACCGUGCCAUGGGUGGAGCUUGGAGGAAAGGUUAAUGUGAACUGCGCAAAGUCUGGUUACUCAGCAACCAUCACUUUCCACACCAAACCGUUUUACGGAGGCAAGUUACACAGGGUGACUGGCGAAGUAAAACACAACGCUUCAAACUCCGUGGUUUGUAAAAUUCAGGGAGAGUGGAACAGCGUAUUGGAAUUCAUGCACAGCAAUGGAGAAACGAAAUGUGUGGACCUCACGAAACUUGGAGUUACGCGGAAGAGAGUGCGUCCUGUGGACAAGCAAGGCCUCUUUGAGUCCAGGCGGCUUUGGUCCCACGUUACAGAAGCUUUAAAGGAAAAAAACAUUGAGAAAGCAACUGAACACAAGAGAGCUCUAGAGGAACGCCAGCGAGCGGAGCAACGGCUGCGGGUAGAAACAGAGACUUCCUGGGAAACCAAGUAUUUCAUGAAGGAGGGCGAUGGAUGGGUCUAUAACAGUCCGCUGUGGAAGAGCUCAGACUCGGGGCUUUAAAUACUAAACUGGUGGCAUUGGAUGGGAGGACUCAGACAGUGCCCAGCUAACUGCACCAACUUCCCGGUAGCCUGCGUGUGGAUCUUCUUGCAGGCUGGGAGACUCGUAGCGUUGUGGCGUCUGCUCAGUAUUAAUCAUUUCACCAUCUUAUUUCUGCGUGUCGGAGACUGGAGUACUCGGGAUUCUGCCGCUUACCUGCAGUAACAGACUACUCAUUAACUCUUACAGCACCGGACCGUCAGUAUUAGGUCACGUUUGUUUUAUUUCUAAUUUCUCUGAGCAGAGGUGUAUAAACCAUAUACAGGGGCUGCAGCUUUUCCUAAUUUACAUUUCAGAUCUUAAAGCAGAAAGCUCUUGGACCCACGCCAGGCAGCGAGAAGGCCUUUAUCAGUGUGCUCUUUUUGUUGGUUAGUUUGUGUUAACCCUUUGUCGGCACCUUGUUUCCAGGAGUUGUGGAGUAGAGAGGACGAAGCAGUUUAUUUCCAGUAACUGUAUGUUACUAAUCGCCAACUGAUUUGCUGUGCAUUUGGAGUCCAGAUUUAGUUUGAAUGGAGUUAACUCACUGCGUGCCAGAGGAAAGUGUUGCCCUCUGUCUCCUUUCUCUAUGGACAGGGAAUUACAAGCAUCGGUUAACCUUGGAUCGAUACAGGUACCUACACAAGAUGCCUGUAUUUUAGCUAAUAAAUUACCUGCCAAAAAAAGCACAGAAAGGCAUUGUUACAUUGGAAAGCUAAUUUUGCUGAAGAUGUCAGAAUAUCACAUUCAGGUACAAACUGCUCCCCGUUUUGUAAUCUCCAUUAAUGAUGUUUCUGAAUUGCUGGCAAUCAUGAUGACAGAGUGAAACUUCAGUGACAUUACGGUCCCUUCCAGGAGUGCUGCCUUAAUCUCUUCCAAUCAGUGUGUUUCAUUCCUAUCUGUCCACAGACACGUUUCAGCAUUGUGAUAAAACCAUAACUAACACUGUGGCCUUCGACUGCCUUUUGUUAGCAUGUAUGAGAGCGCACAGGAGCCUGGCCGUGUGUGUCCGCGUGUGUGUGUGUCCGCAAUGCUGUGAUCUGCACUGAACAGACAGACUUUGUGGACUGAAUAAACUCUCUGGAAUAUUA